AUUGUAUGUAAACAAACACGUUGCACCAAAUAAACAGGAUCAUGUUUUAGGACGCAGUGCGUGACGGUUAUAUUCUGGUGUGAUCCUGAUUUUGCAAAGACUUUUCCCAAAGACCGUUGUCCUCUGAGUUGAGGUUGACUAUUUUCUCUUCUUGACCCGUGAUAAAAAAAGGUAAUACAAACAGCUUCGAAAAUGACGUCAGAUGAUGAUGUAGUGACGCUUGAGGACAUUGAAAAGGCAAGAGAAGUAAUCAUGAAAUCACCGCUCAACGUUCGUAAAACGCCCCUCUUGAAAAAUAUGACGUCAUAUUUCCCAGAACUGGACCAAAGCAUAAAUCUUCACCUGAAGCUUGAAAGUCUACAAACCACAGGUUCUUUCAAAAUACGCGGAGUUGCAAACCAGAUGGCAAAUCUUCCCCAAGAGGUGAAAAGUGGCAAAAGGAAGCUGAUAACUAUGUCAGCAGGGAACUAUGGGAAGGCAUUUGCAUACACAUUGGACAAACUUAAUCUGUCUGGUCUUUGCUUGAUGCCCUUAACGGCGCCAUCAAGCAGGGUAGCCUUAAUAAAGAGCUAUGGUUGUGAGGUGGCCAUUUAUCCGAGCCAUGAAAUUCAGGCAGCCUUUUCUCAGUAUGCCGCUCAUAACUUCCCUGUCCUUGAUCCAAUUGACGACGCGUCGUACAUAACAGGCUGCGGCAGUGUUGCUAUGGAAAUUUUGGAAGAUGACGUCAGACCUGACGUUGUUGUCGUCUGCUGUGGCGGCGGGGGACUAGUUUCGGGAAUAGCGGCGGCCAUUAAAUUGUCUGGGUUGAGGGACUGUAGAAUUUAUGCAGUAGAACCUGAGGGAUCCCGGACAAUGUAUGAAAGUUUUCAGAAAGGGGAACCUGUUACAAUGGCCGUUAAUUCAGUAGCUACAGGGCUAUCACCUCCAUAUGCAGGAAAGUUAACUUAUCAGUGCUGUCGGAGGUAUGUAGAAGAUGUCAUCUUGGUGUCCGAUAACGAAAUCCUAAAGUGUAUGUCAAGACUCUUUGAUAUCGGGUUAGUGGCCGAACCCUCUGGCUGUGCUGCUUUGGCGGCCAUUUUAAAUAAUAAGAUCCCGGAUGUAGCGGGAAAGCGAGUUGUUGCUGUUGUCACCGGAAGAAUUGUUACUGAAUCUAUUUUGGGUCCAACUACAAAUGUGACCUCAACAUCUGGAUUUGCAGAUACUUUCAGUGUUCCAUUGUCAGAUAACUACAGUGAUCCGUUUGCAGCUCCAAACAAAGAUAAAACAACAACAUCGGUCAUUGAAUUCCCAGAGGCUUCAUGCCAUGAAUAUAUGUUUGAUUCUACAGCCAGAAGUUUUUAUAUGAACAAUACCUGUGUACGUGAAAAACCAAGUCCAUCCACCCCUUCUUUGGGAGUUAAUCAAGUGGCUAGUUUGCCAUUGCUCAUUUCGAGUGUUGUCGCUGCUUUGGUCAUGGUUGUUUUCAUCAUCCUGUUCUUUGCCAAAAAAUGUAAAAGACGAGAAUUCUGUAGGAGGAAGAACACAGCUAUGAAAAACUCUGCUGUAAACAGUGGGUUUGGGACUCAGGAAGGUUCUGAAAUUGGCCUUUUGCCUGUAAACGAUAUAUACAAUGAACUUCGGGAACACGAGAAACGGACAAAUGACGACGGGAAACAGGAAAACUAUCACCAUUUGGAUUUGACUUUUGUGAAAGAUGAGGUUGACCCUUCACAGUAUGAUCACGUGACCAAAACAAGUGGUCCUUACGAGUUUGUUAUAUCACAUGGCUGAGAGUUUAUUUAAUCAUUUUAUCAAUCACCAUUCCUUCAGAACGAAAACAAUAAAGACAUUUAUAUAUCUUAUUUCCACUGAGUGAUAAUGCCAGCAUGUCUUAAUAUAAAUUUUAUAUUUAAAUGAAUCGCUAAUUCAAAAAUCAGCCGCAUAUAGCAUUUUAUUCGACUUUAUAAAAUAAAUGCCUAGUUAGGCAUAAUGAAAAAAAUGGCUUAAACUGAAAUAUGGAAUCAGGAAUAUUCACACAUUUAAUUGUUCCUUGUUUAAGUUGCAGGAAUACAUUUAACAAAGAUAGAGUUUAAAAACAAACUGAGAGAAAACCCAUUGAUUGAUGAUAAAUAUUCAAUCCGCAAUGGUGUGUUAGAGAAAAUCAUAAGUGAAGAAUCUCAGUUAAAUAAUAUUUUCUAUAUUGAAAAAAAUCCAGAUAUAGAGAAUUUGAAGGACAUCGGCAAGACAUUGAUAACAAAUUACAUGUAUAAUGUUCCCCUGAUAGAAAUCCUAUUUAUUAGUUGAAUAUGAAAUGAUCCACCAAGCUUUUUUAUUCAAUUCAAUUUAACCCUUGGAAUUAUUUAAAACCUUUUAUCAAGCAUUUUACUUUACUUAGCUUUCAUAUUCAAUUUUCAACAGGCCAUGCAUAUCAAACUGCAUAUUCAAAGUCGAAAUACAGGUGAUGAUUGACACGUCCUAACAAAAAUACAAACUUCAAAAAGAAGAAGAGUAUUUUGUUUUUGUAUUGUGGUGUUUGCUUUUAUUAAAAAAAAACCCACUUAAUUUAUUGUUGCAUUUUAUUCAUGAACUGGUUCACACGGUGCGUCAAUACAGUAUAGGAUAGACUCUGUUAAAAACAAUUUCCUCCUUAACAUUCAGUUUACCACAGCCAACGAUCAAAAUAAUGAAUCAGCGUACUCACAACUGAUAAUUCUGUAGCUAAUUCGUAUCUCUCCAAAGGAACAGAGUUUUUAUCAACAGGCAUUUCAAAAAUU